UUCGAUACACACAAAGCCCAUUGUGUUCAGCAUCUGUUCACUUCUAACGAGCUGAGUGGACGGAACUGGAAGCAAAAUGAUGAAGGCUGGCUUAGUUCUCUGUUUUCUGGCUGCCCUCAGCGGAGCUCAAGGUGAACAUUUCUUGUAGCCAGCCCGCAGACAUAUUUUUCCUCCUGGACGACUCUCGAAGUAUCUGGACCGUCUACUUCAAGAAUAUGAUCACCUUUGUGAAGGAACUUGUGGGACAGUUUGAUAUCAGCACGACUAGCACUAGGAUCGCCGCCUCCACCUUCAGCGAAGGGAACAAACCCCAAUUUCAAUUCGGAGAUUACAAUACACUGGCCGAGGUGAACCACGCUUUCGACACCAUUCACCAGUCAAAUGGGGGCUCGACUCAGACUCACAUCGGCCUGGAAUUCGCCAAAAACUCCAUAAGCCAGAAAGGGAGGCCAGGUGUUCCGCACAUUCUGAUCGUCAUCACAGACGGCGCGUCCAGCAACCGGUCAGAGACUGUCAAAGCCGCCAAUGCCACGAGAUCAGAAGGAACCGAAAUAAUGGUUAUUGGUGUCGGCAGAUCUUGGACCCACAGAUAUGCCCAUGGACCAGGCAGUUGCGGAGAAAGAGUGCCAACAGAAGCCAGCAGAAGUGGUGUUCGCGUUGGACAAGUCCAGCAGUAUCUACAUUUUGGACUUCAAGAAACAACUGACCUUUGUAUCAGACCUCAUUAAGAUGUUUGACAUUGGCAAAGACAAGACCAGAGUCGCUAUCGUCUCCUUCAGCACCAACGCGUCAGUGGAGUUCCAUCUUGACGAAUAUUACUUGAAGAAAGACGUGACAGAUCGCACAGAGAAGAUUCUUUACACUGGAGGCAACACCAAUACAGGAGCUGCCCUCAAACUGGUCAACGGCUCAGUGCUCACCUCAGAACAUGGUGUCAGGUCUAAUGUGCCCCAUGUUGUCAUCGUCAUCACUGACGGCCGUUCACAGAAAUACCUGGACACUCAGGCUCAGGCCAAAGCGCUCAAAAACUCCGGGGCCUUUGUGUUUGCUAUAGGAGUGGGAUCUUCUGUAUAUGACCAGGAGUUGAAGGACAUCGCCUCUGCCCCAUCUGACCAGUUCGUGUUCGAGACAACCGGGUAUGAUGCGCUCCCGUCCAUCAAAAACAUCCUAGCGUUUCGUGCCUGCGAACAAACAUCCCAAGCUAGCGGAAGAAGAUAAGGGCAAGAAAAGGGAAACAACAGACUUCGUUACGUAAACGUUUCAUUUUCUGAGACUAAGACAGCACUGAGGGUUAAGAUAAGAGAUGGAGAGAGAAAAACAGUUAAACAGAAAAAAACACAAAACAAACAACAACAAACAAAACAAAAAACAACAAACAACCCCCCCCCCCCAAACAAAACGUGGUGCUGGUUUCUCAGAGAAAAAAAAAGAUUUGGCCAAGAUCAGAGGAACACUGAGAGCUGAGGCAAGUUCAGAAGAACCGAUUUGUUAUAAUACAGCAAUAAAGGUCAAACAAUUUC